AUGGUCGUUGAAAUUGCUUACUUUGCUGGUCCUGGUCGUGCCGAAGUUUUAAAGUUAAUUGCUGAAGUUGGUCAAGUUGAAUACACCUUCAAGGGUAUUCCUCGUGAAGAAUGGCCAAAUCACAAGGUAACCUGUAGAUAUGGACAACUUCCUUACCUGAAGAUUAAUGAUGAAACAACCUUGUAUCAAACCAUUGCUAUUGCUAGAUAUUUGGCUCAAGAAGGUGGUCUCUAUCCAACUGACCGUCUCGAAGCCAGUGCCAGUGAAGAAUAUGUUGCUGCCAUUGAUGAUAUCAUUGCUGGUUUUGUUAGAAUUUUCUUCAGAACCCCAGAAGAAAAGAGAGAAGAAGAAUUGAAAGCCUUUUCCGAAGGUAUUUUGAAGACUACUUUGGUUGCUUUUGAAAAGGUUUUGGAAAAGAAUGAAGGAAACUUGGUUAAGGGAAAGCUUACUUGGGCUGAUUUGGUAUUGUAUGAUAUUGUCGUUAAUAUUCAAUCUAAGGGAGCUGAUAUUUCCUAUGCUCAAAAUGUUCUCAAAUUGAAGGAAACUGUCGCUGCUCACGAGAGAGUUAAGGCAUUCUUGGAAUCUGAUAGAAAUUUGAGAAAGCAACAAUAA